AUGCUCUCCAAAUCUCUCACCCAGCGGCUGCCGGGCGUUACACAAGCCCUCGCCAAACGCGCUCCGCGUGUAGUGGUCCCUUGCACACGUCCCAUGCAGCUGCAACAUCGACUGCAGGUGCAGCAGCCGCCGUCAUCGCCUUCAUGUUUCCAACGCCGUACAGCCGUGUCGUUCCAGCCAAAUCAUGACUACCCGGGCCACGAUCAAGCAAACGACAUGGGAGGACCCGGAGGCCAAGAGUCCUUCCCGGCUAGUAUGCCUUAUCGAAGAAGAAUUGAAUACGAAACAUUCUACGGCGUGUUGCUGGCCAUCGCCCUCAUGUGUAUCGCCAAGCUCGUGCAGCAGAACUACGACCCAAAGAUGAAUUAUGUGCUGGUGCAUGAUAAUACAAAGGGGGAGCUGGACGAUGUAAAGUACAUCCCGAUGCCCAAGGUGCGGGAGCAGCCGGUGGUGGCGGAGAUCCGGGAGGAGGUGAUUAUCCCUAUCAAGAAGGUUGAUAGAGUUGACAAGGUGCAGAGGUGGGCUUGA